UCGCCCAGUUCACGGCUGAGGAGGCUCCGUUGUGUCGGUGGUGGUACUGGUAUCUCUGUGUUAAACUGGGAGAAGAGGUUCGAUGUCUGCAGCACGGUUCGCCUCUAUGACUUUAAACAGGAUGCAGCGGACAGACACAAGACGGGGAUAACGAAACCGAGCGAGGAGACAACGACGGGCGUGAAAUGAAGGCGGGAGGUGAAAAGGAAACAGACGAGUUUUAUAAGGCGGUGUGUGUCGGCAGGUCUUCAUGGCCAGGCUCACGGUCCUCUCUACCCCACAGUGGCGUCUGAGGUGCAGCAGCGGGUCCUCAUCAUUUGGGCACAUUGAUAUAAAUCAGAUAUAGCUGAAGUUCUCCUCUCCGGCUCCAGGAUGGCUCAGAGCGACUGCUCUGUCAAGGUCUCCCUGAGGAUCCGCCCCCAGAUGGCCAAGGAGAAGAUCGAGGGUUGCCACGUGUGCACGCUGGUCACGCCCGGGGAGCCCCAGGUGCUGCUAGGGAAGGACAAGGCCUUCACCUACGACUACGUGUUCGACAUCGACUCCCAGCAGGAGCAGCUCUACCACGCCUGCGUGCACAAGCUGAUCGAGGGCUGCUUCGACGGCUACCACGCCACAGUCUUCGCCUACGGACAGACGGGCUCGGGCAAGACGUACAGCAUGGGCACGGGCUUCGACCUGAGCGUGAGCGAGGAGGAGCAGGGCAUCAUCCCCCGCGCGGUGCACCAUCUGUUUGAGGGGAUCCAAAGCCGGCGCGCCGAGGCACAGCAGGCCGGCGUCCAGCCGCCAGACUUUAAAGUCAGCGCCCAGUUCCUGGAGUUGUACAACGAGGACAUCCUGGACCUGUUUGACAGCUCCAAGGACCUGGACAGCCGCUGUAGGAAGUCCAACAUCAAGAUCCACGAGGACGCCAGCGGCAGCAUCUACACCACCGGAGUCACCUCCCGGUUGGUCCAUUCAGAACAGGAGAUGCUGCAAUGCCUGAAGCUGGGGGCUCUCUCACGCACCACGGCCAGCACGCAGAUGAACGCCCAGAGCUCCCGCUCGCACGCCAUCUUCACCAUCCACCUCUGCCAGAUGAGGGUCUGCCAGCCGGCCCACCUGGAGAACGGGGGGGAGCUGAGCGGGGAGCUGAACGGCCUGGUCUCCGGGGGGACCAUGAGUCAGCCAGAGUACGAGACCCUCAUGGCCAAGUUCCACUUUGUGGACCUGGCCGGUUCUGAGAGGCUGAAGCGCACCGGGGCCACUGGGGAGAGGGCCCGGGAGGGGAUCUCUAUCAACUGUGGACUGCUGGCUCUCGGGAAUGUGAUCAGUGCUCUAGGAGACCAGACUAAGAAAGGAGGUCAUGUCCCAUACCGAGACUCCAAGCUCACCCGCCUGCUGCAGGACUCACUGGGAGGGAACAGUCGGACGGUGAUGAUCGCGUGCGUGAGUCCGUCAGACAGGGACUUCAUGGAGACCCUGAACACGCUGAAGUACGCUAACCGGGCGCGCAACAUCAAGAACAAGGUGGUGGUGAACCAGGACAAGACCAGCCAGCAGAUCAGCGCCCUGCGGGCUGAGAUCGCCCGUCUGCAGCUGGAGCUGAUGGAGUAUAAAGCGGGGAAACGCGUGGCGUCCGAGGAGGGCUCGGAGGGCUUCAGCGACCUCCACCAGGAGAACGUCCUGCUGCGGCGGGAGAGCGACUCGCUGCGUCUCCGCGUCAAGGCCAUGCAGGAGACCAUCGACCACCUCAACACGCGCGUCACCCACAUGCUGGCCAAUCAGAUCAGCACCCUGCUCACCAAGUCUGGCGAGGGCACCCAGGAGAUCAGCUCUCUGAUCCAGAACUACAUCAGAGAGGUGGAGGAGCUCAGGUCCAAGCUCCUGGAGAGCGAGGCCAUGAACGAAUCUCUGCGGCGGCAGGCGGCCCGGCUGUCCUCGCGCUCGCCCUUCACCUCCUCCUCAUUAAGCCCCGCCCCCGGGCACCCACCUGGCUCCUCCCCCGCCCCCCGGUCCAUGGAGGCGGAGAUGACGGACGUGAUCCGGCGGGCCAAGUUGGACAUCGAGCGGCUGAAGAAGAAGGAGAGGCGGCAGAGGAGGACGAGUCCGGAUCUGGAGAAAGGUUUGAAGAAAAGAGUGAAGCUGCAUUCCUACGAGAACGGAGAGAACGAACAGAACGGACAGAACAACGGACGUGAUGGAGAGAAUGGACAGAAUGGAGAGGUUGAUUCGGAUGACAACUAUGCUGAGGACAUCAUGUCUCCCUUGCAGGAGGAGAGUGGUAAUGACGAAGAUGAGGAUGAAGAGGAGGGUAGAGAUGAAGAGUUUGACAGCGAUGAGAGUCUGGUGGAUUCAGAGUCUGACUCUGAUGAAAAAGCUAACUACCAGGCCGACCUGGCCGACCUGACCUGUGAGAUCGAGAUCAAGCAGAAGCUGAUCGACGAGCUGGAGAACAGCCAGCGGCGGCUGCUGCAGCUGAAGCUCCAGUACGAGGAGAAGCUAAUCCUGCUGCAGAACAAGAUCAGAGACACGCAGCUGGAGAGGGACCGCGUCCUCCAGAACCUCAUGUCCAUGGAGAACUUCACUGAGGAGAAGGCGUGUCGCGUCAAGCAGGAUUAUGAGAAGCGCCUGAAGGAGAUGAACCGAGACCUACUGAAGCUGCAGGCGGCACAGAAGGAGCAUGGCCGUCUCCUCAAGAACCAGGGGCGGUACGAGCGGGAACUCAAGAAGCUCCAGGUGGAGGUGAAUGACAUGAAGAAAGCCAAGGUGACACUCAUGAAGCAGAUGAAGGAGGAGCAGCAGAGGAGGAGGAUUGUGGAGGCCAAGAGGAACCGGGAGAUUGCUCAGCUGAAGAAGGAACAGCGACGCCAAGAGUACCAGAUCCGGUCUCUGGAGUCCCAGAAGCGGCAGCAGGAGCUUGUGCUGCGCAGGAAGACCCAGGAGGUGACGGCGCUGCGACGGCUGGCCAAGCCCAUGUCGGAGCGCGUGGCGGGACGCGUGUCGCGCUGGGGCCAGCCUCUGCUCCCCCCGCCCCCUCCCCCACCGCCGGACUCCGGAGCCGAGCUGUCGGCCAGCACCACGGCCAGCAGCUCGGAGCCCGAGUCGGGCCGCACGGUGAUCGGCAUGGUGCGCCAGUGGAACAGCAAGCUCCACACCCACGGCUACCAGGCGGAGAGCGAGGGCAGCCUGGAGGGCGGCCGCAGCGGCCCCGGGGUCAGGAAGAAGAUCCAGAGGAAGGCGUUUGGCGUUGGCGUGGUGACGGCGGGCAUGCGGGGGGGCAGCCUAGCCAAGACGGCUCGCCAGAAGUGGCAGACGCUGGAGCGACGCAUCAUGGACAUCGUCAUGCAGCGCAUGACCAUCGCCAACGUGGAGGCCGACAUGGACCGCCUUAUCAAGAAGCGGGAGGAGCUGUCCGCCCAGCAGGAGGCUCAGCUCCACAAGAGGGAGGUGCUGAUGGCGGAGGGGGAGGGGCCGGAGGGCGAGGACCGGAUCAUCCUGGAGAUGAACGAAGAGAUCGAGGUCCUGAACGCCAACAUAGACUACAUCAACGACAGCCUGUCCGACUGCCAGGCCACCAUAGUGCAGAUAGAGGAGACCAAGGAUGAGCUGGACUCCGUGGACACCUCGGUGGUCAUCAGCUCCUGCUCCCUGUCGGAGGCCAGACACCUCCUGGACCACUUCCUCAAGGCCUCCAUCGACAAGGGUUUACAGGUGGCCCAGAAGGAGGCUCAGAUCAGACUGCUGGAGGGCCAGCUCAGACAGACCGAUAUGAUUGGCUCGUCCCACAACCACAUGAUUCUGGAUGCUCUAAAGCUCAAGGCAGAGUACAAUCCUGAACUUCAGGCUCUCAUCUACAAUGUUCAGCAUGAGAACGGCUCUGCCAGCACGGAUGAGGAACAGUCCGAGUUCAGCCAGCUUUCUGACAACAGUUUGGCCCACUUGAAAGAGUCCAACAGCCAGGAUGAUUUUAAAACUAAGACGGAGCCCCGCCUCCUGGCCCAGAUGAAGGCGGUGUCGGCGGAGUACCUGGGUCCAUCACCGGACUCGGCGGCCAGCAGCAGGCAGCAGUACAUCACCAAGUCCCUGGCCUCGCUGACCGACAUCCAGGAGGACUGCCUGGGGAUGGGGCUGGGCCUGGGGCUGAGCCUCAGCCUGGCCUCGGGGGGCUUCGGCCUCAACAUGGCCCUCAGGGACCCCGGCCACAAGGAGCGUGCCUCCCGGGCCGUCAGCCUGCCGGUCAGGGGACACACCUUUCCUAGGCAGUCCCGGGGUUAUGAGACUUCCCCCUUGAUGCGGAGGAAGUCCUACGACCGUGCAUACAGGCCGGCCGACGGCUCCACCCCUCCUUCCUCCCCCCCACUCCGGAUCAGGAACGACCGCAACGUCUUCUCCAGGCUCACCAGCAAUCACACCCAGGGCACCGCGCUGGACAAGUCGGACGACAGCGACUCCUCUCUCUCCGAGGUGCUCAGAGGGUCGAUCGUCCCCAUCGGGGGGGUGAAGGGCGGCCGCAGCGCCCCCCUGCAGUGCCUGUCCGUGGCGGAGGGUCACUCCAAGCCCGUGCUCUGCCUGGAUGCCACCGACGAGCUGCUCUUCACCGGGUCGAAAGAUCGUACGUGCAAGCUGUGGAACCUUGGGACAGGCCAGGAGUUGGUCACUCUGAAGGGACACCCAAACAACGUGGUUUCGGUCAGGUACUGCUCCUCCUCCGGCCUGCUCUUCUCCGUCUCCACCUCCUACAUCAAGGUCUGGGACAUCCGGGACAACGCCAAAUGUGUCCGCACGCUCACCUCCUCAGGGCAGGUGGUGGCGGGCGACGCGUGCGCGGGCACCACCACGCGCACCAUCACCUUUGCCCAAGGCGAGUACCAGAUAAACCAGAUCGCCCUCAACCCCUCCGGCACGGUGCUGUACGCCGCGGCGGGGAACGCUGUCCGUAUCUGGGACCUCACUAGGAUGCAGGCCAUCGGGAGGUUGACGGGGCACAUCGGCUCUGUCAUGUGUCUCACUGUGGGGCAGCCCCUCAAGGGCAAGGACCAGGUCAUCACCGGCUCCAAGGACCACUACGUCAAGGUGUUUGACGUAGCAGAAGGCACUCUGGGUAACGUAGGCCCGGCCCAUAACUUUGAGCCCCCCCAUUACGACGGCAUCGAGUGCCUGGCCGUGCAGGGAGACGUGCUGUUCAGCGGGUCCCGAGACAACGGCAUCAAGAAGUGGGACCUGGAGCAGCAGGAGCUCACACAGCAAAUCCCCAACGCCCACAAGGACUGGGUGUGUGCCCUGGCGUAUGUGCCCGGUCGCCCCAUGCUGCUCAGUGCCUGCCGGGGGGGCAUGCUGAAGGUGUGGAACGUGGAGAACUUCACCCCUAUAGGCGAGGUCAAAGGUCAUGACAGUCCCAUCAACGCUAUCUGCACCAACUCCAGGCACAUCUUCACGGCGUCCAGCGACAUGAGGGUGAAGAUCUGGCAAUCGAAGGCGAGGAAGAAGAUCUGAAGGAUCAGUGGAUCGCGUUGGGGGACGGAUUGACUGUAGCUUUGACCUCUGACCUGCAACCGUCUCCUACACAGGGGGGGGGGGGGGUGGGCUGGACCUGAAAGACGCUAACAAACUAAUUUAUCCGUUCGUCACUUAGAGAAAAAAAAUGAAAAAGAGACAUGCAAUAUGUUGGACCACAUCUGCUGUUUUUUGUGUUGUUUUCUCCGUUUGAUCUGCCAAUCUUAAAGUGCCAAGUGCCAAUAUCUGUUGCCAGUUUCCUCGGCCAGAGAAACACCCGGUCGAUGCGUCUUUUCCCGGUCCUCCAAGAUCCAUCUGGAAAGAAAAAAAGAAAAAGUGUCCUUCUGUUUAUUUGUCAAGAGAUGAAAACAGAAACAAAACAUGACAAUAGAGUGCUGCUCAGAGACAUCUUCCUGUGUGUAUAUUUAUUAAGACUUGUUCUAGAAUGACAUUGAUUGUCAUGAUUCCUGAUCCUACUGACUGAAACUCCCUCACCAUCCCGGUCCCCCCAUCCUGGCCAAAGACUGGACGUUCAACUGUUGGUCCUUCUCUUCUAAGUCAUGAGUCAUGGAUCAGACUGGAUGACAGCUGGCCUUCCAAUAGGUAGCAUCCAUCCUCCGCGCUGGCUGUGGUGGACCCACCGUGGACAGGAUGCUCCUGAAUAAACCAUCACUGAAAUGAGAUGAAAAAAUCGAAAGUUAAGAUUGAUGGUAGAAAACAAACAUGCAUGGGUCAGGGUCCCUGUACUUCAUGGUUUUGCUCCUCAUUUGUCUUUUUGUAUUUUUUUUUUUUGUAAUCCACUCUCCACUCUCUCUCCUGUCAGUCUACACCACUGACACUACUCCACCCUCCCACCUCCAUCUUCAUUUACUGCCAUUUUGUUUUGUCCUUCCCUACCUCAAUUGUUUUAUUUUUUUUGUUUAGAAGAAAGCUGAGCCGGCACCUAUUUAUGGGUUUCUGAGAAUAACUGACUGCUUUGCUUUUCCGACCUGUUAAUUUAUGUUGCCAAUAGGCCCUGGGUGGCCCCCCUGGGUGGGCCCCCUGGGUCUGCCCACCACUGACCUGGCACAGAGCAUGUCCACCAGCGCCUCUCCAUACUGUGUAUUUAUAUCUGCACUGCUUACUUCAGCGGAAACUAAACAUAAUGCAACACAUCCCCAACACAUUACGCCCACACAAACUCACACACUCUGCAAUACUUGUGAUCCAAGUACUUUAGGGACAGCCUAGCUCCGGGACAAGGGAGAGAGGGAGCCCCCAGUACCCACACACACCCACAUCCCCCAGCCUUAUCACCAGCAUCAAACUGCCGAGCCCUGCUGGAGCCUUCACCUCCCCACCAGUCACUCCUCUUCCCAGGGAGAGAGAGGAGGAAGAAGCACAUUAAUUGGUGCUCUUCCCGCUCUGCCUGCGGCAGCCGUUUGAAGCGCUAAAAAUAGUCUGAGAGUGAGGAGGGAUUUCUUCUUUAAAUGUCCUGAUUAUUAUUUUCCGCUGCGACAUGACAGAGAACCUUUCAAUUGAUGAAUUCGUUUUUUUGUUGUUUGAGCAAGGCUGUCUAUCUGGCUCAAACAAACACACGCACACAUAAAUAAGCAGGUGCUCUAGCACGCAUGCAAGCGUCCACGGAUACACACACACGCACACCACACAUACACUCGCACAGAGCCUUAUUGGAGGAUGUUGAUCAUUUCCAUUCUUGGAUUGCGAAUUAGCUCUUCGUACUACAGCUUUGUUUAGAGUCCAUUGAGCUAUAUUUAUUCACUCUCCAAGAACACACACAGAAGUGCAUUACACACAAGCAAAGAUACCACACACACUCGCACAGACUGCUCGCAAAAGUAACAAGUCUAGAAUUAAAGGUUUGAUCUGUUAUCUCUCUAUUGGCUGCUGUUAAGCAGAGUGUUUCCUCAUGUUUUCAGUGGUGGUGAGUUCUGUUUGCUUCCCUCACUGGAUUAAUGACUGACGCAUCAUGAGCUGCUUGGAUCUUAUCCUAUAUUAACAUUACUGGUACAUAUGGUUGGCCGUUGUACCAAACACAAACACACACACACACACAGAAGUAGUGAACUGCACAUGGUAAACUUGACGCGGGAACACAUUAAGUAGUCCAACUAAGUGUUACAUUCUAACAAUUUUUGACAGGAGCUCCGUAUACAAUGCAAUGUCUCUGUAUAGGUAGCUGCAUAUACAGCCUUUGACAUGUUUGAUCUGGUGUGUGUGUGUGUGUGUGUGUGUGUGUGUGUGUGUGUGUGUGUGUGUGUGUUUGAAUGAGAAAAAUGUUCUAUCACUCAGGAAUGAAUUGUAAGAUGGUUGUUUUAGCCAAAAUAAUUUUUGACAUUUCAGAAAAUGUAUGUAGCUCAUAUGAAUUUAACCAAAUGCUUAUUUUUAUUUCUUUAUUUUUAUUAUAAUUUCAAUGUGUUUUUUUUUUUCAUUGCUUUGUGCUCCCGUUAUUGUAUUCAAUCAUUCAUUGUUUGUGUUUAAAUCAUGCAGACCCCUUUUUUAAUCUCUCCCAUCCUGGUUUGUUCCCUUGAACCCUUCCAAUACUUAACUUCGGUAUUCAAUUCAAUUUUCUUACUGAAUUGUAUUUAGGAUUUCUAAUUUGGCUAAUUUGGCUUUUCACUCGAGGGUUUUUCCACUCGCGCUCUUCUUAAACGCGCUUGGCUUCCAGUCCUCCAGUUUAGCCCGGUUGCUAUAGCGCUCCAGCUUACCGUUUGGACUCAGACCUCACAAACAUGGCAGAGUUUUAUGAGGUUAUUUUCUCUUUUUUCCCCACUGUGAUUUUGUUGUACUGUGAUUAAGUAGUAAUCCUAGGUACUUCUUAAUGGCUCCAUGUUGACUGGAACAUGUUUUGUUCAAAAACCCUCCAGAAGCAGAUGCUUGUGCAUCCUCAGUGCUAUGCAUAGGGGUCUCUAGUGUGUGUGCCCCCUUCUGCGUGCGCUUACAUCCCAUUGGCUUAACGUCUCUGGCUGGCUGCUAUUCUCCACAAGAAUCCCCGCCCCUAGUAUCCCUCCCAGAAUGUGUUAUUCCGUAUUCAUCUAUGCACACACAAACGAAAUAUGGAGAUUGUUUGUCCAGACUUGUCUUAAUGAGCUUCUAGCUCUGCCAAUGUCAACCCCUUCCCUUGUGCUGAUCUUCUGUAUAUAAAUGUAUCCCCUGUGUUUCAAUCUAGGGAGAGAUGUUGUCAUGUUUAACAAUGUAGCUGGCAGACAUAAAGUAGCCUACUUGCUAUCGAAUCCUGCUUAUCAGUCCUAGCACUGUUUCACAGGCACACAGUCCAAAGUCGAGACUUGCCUCUCGAGUUUACAGAGUUUGUGAUGACCAUUGUGUUUAUCACAAAUCAAACCUAUACUGGAAUUUUGGCAUUUUUGUGGACUGUUUUGUGGAUGAGUUAUUGGUUUGGUGAAUACAAUGCUUUACAUACAAUCUGAGUGUGAAAAUAUUUCCAAUAGCUCAAGCACAUUGUUGUAGGAUUUGGUCUCAAUUAAUGCUAUUCGGCUUCAUUUGAGCUAUCAAUGGCUAUGGCUACCGCUUAGACGCACACCUCAUGUUAAUAUUACCAAACCGACUCAGCCAUCCAAUCAGCGGGCGAGCCGGGGAUCAUGUGACUAAUGAGAUUUUGAGUUCCUUAACCCCAGUAGUACAAGCAUCUGAGCAGCAGGAAUGAGGCCACAGCCAUAGGCCAAAGGUAUAAAUGGCCUCAACACAUAAAGGUAAGGAGGACUUGUAGAGGUGGUGCAAAAAUGUAGGAUUCACUGUCGUUGCUGGAAUUUUAAAUAGAUUCCAAUUCCGCCUGGAGUACGGAUCAUAUUAUUCGGCCAUCAUCUUCUCUGCUUAUUCGACCAGUUUGGCUGAUGGAAUGACCUUCAAAACCAACGCGCAGAUCCCCCUGCAGGGCACUGCACUGCAGAGCGGGGGAACGCAUCUGAAACACAGCCAAGCGUUGUUCAUGAGGGGACUGUGUGCUCGGGUGCUCGGUUGAAGAACCACAAGUGCACAAAUUUCUUUGCCCUGCUGUCGCAGAAAAUGAUUUUGCGUGUGUGUGUGUUUGUGUGGCUAGAAGUGAGGUCACUUGGGUAGCAGGUAUAUGUGAACUAUGAGCUCUUGGGACGUUAAGCACGGUCGAAGGUCAUAUGUGCCUUUUAUUGCACUGAAAACUUCCUCCAUUAAGACUGUAAAUGUAUGUACAGCUUUGAUUAUGUUUGUCCAGUACAUUUUGGGUUUUUAUUUUUUUAUUUUUAAUCCGACAAUGCAUGUAACCAAACCAUGUAAAUUGUCUCUUGACUGUAAAUAGUGUAAGUACGUAUUUAAUGAUCAACACAUGGAGGUCCCAUGGUGAAAAUAAAACCUAGUUGAAUACUGCUGUUCCUGUUUGUGUCGUCCUUUUCUGAAGCCUCCUUUUUGUUUGAUUAGGGGUAACAUGAAAGAAUGUCCUGUCAUUUUAUCAUGCAAACAAUUUUAUGUUUGGCGAUGUCUGUUUGUUAAUGCUAUGCAUUAACAAAUGCUAUGCAGUUUCAUGCUGAUAGAUGAAAUACGCAAACUGAGUUUGAAAAUGCCAUCUGCGGCAGAAAUCCAUUGUACGAUAGGAACUAAUCCCCUGGCAUGAAUGGGUGGCUUGGAAAUAAUGGAAAUAUUUUUUAUGAUUUGGAGUCAUAUAUUUGUAUGUUUAUUUAUCCACCUUUUGUGUACUUCUGUAACCUUGUACACAACAUACUGAGAUAACUUCUAAUGGUGGAUUGUGCUGCAUUACCUUAUAAACAAAUGUUUGGCAUCAUAACCUUAUCUCACCCAAUCACGAGAUGUGGUGAACUUGGUCCACCUUUGGUUUCAGAGAUCAUUAUGGGAUGAUGUUCACCUUUGGGGGGAUUGAGAUCCUCACCGCAUCAUGUCAGGGACUUGCAUCAACCUAUCACGGUUUGUUUCUCUAUAACGACCAGCUGGCUUUACAUUAUCCCGCUUAUUAUAUAGCAACUUCCUAAAAAAACCUAUUA